ACACUCACACACACACGCACCGCAGCUCAGAGUGACACACGCUCAGACGUGACGCCAGCUGAGUGAGCCAAGCACUCUGCAUCAUCACAUUUAUUUAUUUAACUGUUUCUCUGCAGAGCUCUGCUUACUCUACGCCAACCAGGUUGCUUUCUCUCUCCCUUCUCUUUAUAUAUAUGUGUGUUUGUUUCUUUAAAGUAACGUGAAGGAAGGAGCGAGCAGGCAGGCAGGCAGGAAGGUGUUACACAUCUGGAUCAUACCAACGCGUCGGCUCCUGCUGCUCGGGCCACUACAGACAUGAGGAGUCCUCACUCCGCUGCGCAUCAGUGAUGAAUUCACCACAGCACUGGCACGCUUGAUGUAAGUCAUGUUUUCAUUUUUCAUCACGGUGGUGGUGGUGGGUCCGGGUCGGCCUGUCGCCCGUGAGCCCCCCUGGAUGAUCAGCAGCAGGAUGUGUUCAGAGCAGUGGCUGUGACAGCGAGCUGCGUGAGGGUCAGGUUAGCUUCCAGCACAGAAACAGCGCUUAUUGCAUGUCUCUAUGAUCCCUGUGUGUUUAAAGCUACAGUCAGGUUGAUGCCUCAUAUGAAAGCGUGUAAAGCAUCCUCGUGUUAUUGCGAGGGAGGUCAGCUGCAUGACUGCAAUAGGAGGAAGCUGUAAUAUUGCACUGAUCAAAGACUGCAGCCAUGUUUUAAUGAGCCCUAAUUAAACCAGAGAGUCUGAAUCUGAGAGGCCUGCUGCUGCUGCUGCUGCUCCUUCAGGCCCUGUCCCCACAUCAGCAUCAACCUACCUCUCAUCUUUGGAAAGGUUUAAAGAAAGGAAGAUGUGAUUAAAAAUACUGUUAAAUUAAGCAGUGCGCCACCUAGCGAUUGUGUAAACAGGAACUCAUAGAUUUUCCAUUACCGGCCUGCAAAGCAGCCCUAUAAACAACAAUGCAGAGGGAGGACGAAAAUGCUACUAUCUGGGCUUUUUAUGCUUGCAGUUUUUCAAAUAUAAGAUAGAGGAGGACAAAUGUGCUUCAAGUUUGGAAAUUUAACAUGAUGAUUCAUAGUCAGACUUCAUAAUAAAAGCUCCAGUCCAUGUGAAAAAUACCAGAUGUGUGCAAAACCAGCAAGAACAAGAGGAAGUGUUGAUAGCAGGAUUUGCCUACAGAGAUAAAUUAGCAGAUAGCUACAGACUGACCGAAGAAGAAAUCAAACAUACACUGUAUUUGACUUCCUAACCAGUUAGAAAAGCUCUAGCCCUUUAAUGCCUUUCGUAUCAUAUUUGAUACAUACUUUUAUAUACUUCUAUCAAAUCAAUAUGAUCAACAAAUUACUAAAAAAAAACUAAAUACAGUCAGUUAAGUGAUAAAAAUGUCUUCUUGUAGUUUAUUAGUUUCCAAAAACAUCUUAUGUAUCAAAUGAGAUAAGUAAAGAUAUUUGUUAAAUUUUAAGGGCAUUUAGAUUUUUGUGGUUUUCAGUAGUAAGUGAAAUAAACAUUUCAGCUCCAAAAAAAACGGAAUUUUCUUGCCAUAAUUUGUGAUUUCAGGCAUUAAAGGGCUGGAUAUUAACUGUGGCUCAUGAAGAAAAGAUGAAACACUGCAGUGCACUCACAUAAGAGAGUAAAUAAAGUAGGGGUGUAUACAUGUCAGUCAAAACUUAUAUCUGCAUUUGGCAAUAUUUGUGAACUUCAUGUGGCUUCUGUGGUUUGUAGAGACCAUCCGCUGAGAUUAAUCAUCUAACUCUGCAGCACACAGUUCAUAGCCUCUCUCUGCUCAUAUGAGGGAUUGUUUUCUGAUGCAUAGAAACUGCAGAGGUGACUCAAUGUUUCCAUUAUUCCCUGAAUAAAACCAUAGGCAUCCAUUACUGGCGUGGUGUAAUGUUCCAGUGGAACAAUUAUUAGAUUGACUUUAAGUCUCUUAGGAAAGAUCUCACUUCUCCAUCACUGCGGGAGUAACUUUUACAAACAGCUGAGUCUUCUGACCCAGUGCUGACACAAUUAAAUCAAACAUGUACUGUCAAAGAUUACACAGGAGGAGGAGAAAGUGGUAAGCGCUCAAAAACUAAUGCUGUGUAGUUAUUGACACCGCCUUGAAGUUACAGGUAUGAAGUUAAAGGUCAAUAUGGGACAAAAGAUCUUGGCGGGCUAUUUAAAAGUGUUACCACCUUCCUACAAGAGAAUCAAACAGCAACUCACAGAGAUUGUCAAAAUGGAUCAAUUUGGAAAGAAUCCUCUUGUUUCAUUCAUGAAGCAUCCCAGUUUAGUCCAUAAACUGUAGAGGACAGAGGAAACACAUCAAACAUAAUGCCCCAAGGUUACUCUUUUUUCUUUUUCAUCCUAUCAUAAGUCUUCUCUCUUUAAAACCAUCAAAAUGUUUGACACUACUGCCCGGAUAUAGAGGCCAAAAUAGUGGUUGAUGUCUUUUCUGUCAAUCACCUAAUUAUUUCAGCUCUAGUUUGCAUACUCUGCUCUGACCAUCUCUCCCACUGCUCCAGUUUCCUCCUACAGUCUGCAGACACACCAGCAGCCACAAAGACCAAAAACUGCUGACAGAUGUGACUGUGUGCUCAUGUUUUAGCAGCCUGUGUGACUGGGACCUGUCCUGUUUACCUGCUUUCAACCCAGUUCAUUCUGGGAUAGCCUCUGGUGUCUCCGAUUAUAAAGGAACACGUUUGAAUUAUUUGUGACAGAGUGAGAGGAUUUAUUUAUUCAAGAUGAUUUAGCAAGGGAGGAGCACAUUUUUCAGUUUUAUUUUUUAAUUUGAUAACACAAAUUUGAAAAUAGCAACAGUGUAGUUUGGUGUAAAAGUGUCAUCUGUUUUUAUUUGAUCUUCACAAUGGUAUAAUGUCACACUAUUAUAAACUUACUCAACAGAGAGCUUGAUGUUCACAUUAAAAAUAAAACAGUUUACAAAAUGUAGAUAAACUGAAUACAUCCUGGGAAUCUCUCGCGUCAUUAAUAAUAAUAAUUUCAUUAAAAUGCUAUCCUCUGACUGUUGAUGCUGCAGGCAGUGUGAAGCUGAGGGACAUCCUGCAGUGACAGCCUCCAGGUUUAGAUUUGCUGUUUUGUUCUUAUCAUGCACAGUCACGCUUCCUUAAAGGUUUGGUUUGAGGAUAUGAAGAUGGUCCGGCAUGAAUUAGAGAGGAGGUUAAGAAACAGAUUGUUUUCCCCACACUGACACUAGCAGAUGUUGCCGCUGGGUUAUUUUUGUUCAUGUUGAAAAAAAACCUGCAGGAGACAAAAUGGUUUGGGGACCUUCUGAACCUCUGCAUGCAUGAUUCAACAAGUUUCUGUACAUUCAAGACCUUACCAAGCAGUAAUUACGAUAAGUACACUCUUAUUUUGUAAUAAUAGACCACAUUUAUUAAGCUAAUGCCAUUUAAUUAAGGGGGGAAAAUCUGUUUUUCACACCUGUCAGUCUGUUUCCAAGUCCAAUAUGUCAAAAAGUCAGUUUAGGAUGAUAUUUGGUGGACUGAAACACAUUGGCAAAUCAUGGUUGUGUCCAGAUUUGAGAUUUCCAACAUCAGCUGAUCAUAUUUCAACUUUUAACCUUUAGAGUGUGUGCUUAGUUUUAGAGAUUUAACCUGAAAAGUUUGGAAAUCAUACUCAAAGCACAUUACUGUUCUUCUUCUUAUCUUGGCGUGACAGAGGGCUCGAAUCCAAACCUCACACGAAACCUUUUCUUUGAGCUGAUUCUGUCACUUUCUAUUCUUAGUAAUCUAUUUCAGGAGAGUCUUUCUUUUUUUUCCUUUGCAAAAGUCAAACUCCAAUCUCAUCUUUUAACUCCACAAUGUGCCAAUACAUUGUGCCGGAAAAGCUUUUUCUGCAAGCAUAAAUAGAAAUCAUUGUGCUAAUAGAGGUGCUGUCCAUAACUGUUUAGCACUGACGUGUUUCUUGAUUAAAGUAUUACAGUUUCCAAUAUGGCAAAAAGGGAAGAAAUAAAUGCUGGGAAAUAUUGCCCUUUAGCAAAAGUGACUAUUAUCUCCUUUGUGUUACAGAAUGAAUUAAACUAGCCAUGUGAGAAAGUGAGGGAUAUGACACUCAAUGUCCUAAAAGUUGUUUUUUUGUGUGAGUGUGAAAUGAGUUGAAAUGAUUGGUCAAAGGACAGACAAAGAUGCCUGAAUACUCACCAUCUCUCUGCUCUCUGAUUGGAUGGUUCGUGCUGUUUCUUCCAUCUCUUCCUGUCCGCUGACUGCAGAGAUAAAGCUGAUGUAAUUAUUUUGACUUCCCAUCAGUUGCCUGUAGUGGUGUGAGCUUUGAUGAGACGAAGCAGAUUACAGCAAAAAAGCAGAAUUAGGAGAACAAAUCAGCCGCAGAGAUAAAGACGUAAUUGUCUUUUUUCGAGUCAUUUAGGAUUACUCCAGCAUCGUGUUGUGGAAUCGAUCCAUAUCAGACAAACAACAGGAUGAGUAAAAUAGAUAUACAAAGAGUCAGGGAAGAUUUAAGUCAUCUCACUUAUCAACCGUGGGCUCAUCCUGUGUGUCAUUAUUGUAUCAUUAUCAUGUCUUUGUUGGCAAACACACUCUCAUUAAAGGCCUCUGAGUCACAACUCAGUCAUUAUACGCAGCAGGAUUCAGGUUGGAGUUAUUUCCUUUGUUCCAAGUUAAUCUGCUGUCAUUAUAUGUGUGUGAGUUAAGCCUGAUCAGUGAGUCAUAAUGACUUCAGUCCACCUUAUCAGUUUCAGCAGAUUAAAACCAGUUCUUCGCUGACUUCAUUAGGUGUACAGUUAUCUGGUAUCACACUCACCAGAAGGGGUACUUCAGUCUUAUAUUUCUUGUAUUAUUCUCCGUAUGAAAUGUGUUUUAAACCUUUAACAUCAAGUUGUAAAAGCGCAUCGACUUUAAAUCAGGGAUGCACUGUUGUGAAAAACUGAGGCCAAUACAGAUCCCAUCAUUAGACAAUAACAACUUGGCGUUUCGUUCAUCCUGAUAAGGAUGUUUUGUUUUGUUUUGUUUUGUUUUUUAAUCAAUAGUACAUGUUUUAAUUCUGCUGUUAUUACUUCCCUUAUCUGGGCCAGAGAAGCAAAUUAAUCUUCAUUAUAAAAACAUUAGUGCACAUUGCAAAAGUCAUUCAGGCCUUUAUUACACUCCCUAAGAGAGGCAGUUGUACCGAUUCACAAACCAACUCUUUAAUCUUACUUCUUCAUCAUAGAAAGAGGCUUUACUGAACAAGUAACUGCUUUAAAAUCCUCUCUAGUAUAGAUGGAUAUCAUUAGGGUUUUUAUUGAUACCAGUAUAGAUACCUAUGCUUGUUAAUCUUACUGAUACUCUUAAUGAUAGCGCUUCUCAUUAACCCAUAUACCAAAUAACUUGUUAUCCCCAAACAUGGUAUGAAAAGUUAUAAGAUUUAACUUUUUUGUAGUUUCUCUGUGGUCCCUCUUGUAUGGUCUCUCUCUUGUAUGACUUCUCAUUUAGUUGUGACUGUCCAAAUGUCCUUCAGUUUAACAUUUUUCCACUUUCUGACAACUAAAGGUUUUCUUUAACAGCGUGUCUGUCAACAGGGACUGAAUCACUACAGGCUCAUCUAUUGGAGCCAUGUGGUUCAGUUUGGUUUACUCCAUCUGCUAUAGCCACCAGGACCUAAAGACUUUACUUAGUCUUCAGGUCCCGGUGGCUAUAGCAGAUGGGAUGCACUUGAAGGGACAUACUUGAAGAAGACCUGACAGUUGCUGCUUAGCUGAAGCAGUCAAACACAGACUGUGCUGAUCCAGAUUUAAAGGUUGCUGGUGUUAUCACCUCAAAGACACUCCUUUUUUGUUUUACAAAGAUGUGCCAGAGCUCUGUAGAGUCCGCUACGCCAAACCCUAAGAUCUGUCCACCUUAUAGACCUUCUGCUCUUUCUGGCAAGAGACCACAACAACCCAACAACAAUAAAGUGAAUGAGAACAGCAUUAAAUUAGACAGACUUUCAAUGUCAAAUACCUGCAAUAGCACCAAUAUUGGUCCUUGAUAUCCAGGCAGACCUUAUAGCCCGCUUUAUUAUAACAAACACACUAAGUGGUAUUGAUCAGUAUUCGUACAGUCCAAAAAAACAUUAUUAAUUUAUGAAAACAUCAAUACUCUUAGGUAAUAAUUACACUGAAUGCACAAAUAUUUUGCAAAACAGUGAAAUAAAAGAAAUGUAAAACAUAUGUGAUGAAUUGUUACAAACACAAACUGGACCAUCACUCAGCGCUUAUGGGUUUUUUUAUGUAAAACACAUUAUUUUUUAUAAAGUUCAUCUUGUUUUUGUUUCCAAAAAGAACAAAAAUGGCGACAGGUGAAAACAAAGGGUUUGCUAGCUUAUCAUCACCAAUGCAAAAUUUGAUCUUGAUCAGUGCACAUCCUGCACAUUCUCAGCCAAUGUAUUUCUGUCUCUAUUUGGAGCGAGUAAUAAGAGGAAAUUGACUAUUUUAAAACAUCUAACAGUUCAAAGUUUCGUGGUAGCAUUCAUGAGAAAGCUGCUUUGUGAAUAUAAACCCCCAAACUAUUUAAACUGUGUGUAUGUAAAUCUGAUAGACUUGUACACACACAGUAACGUUUGUGUGCCGCCACAUCUUUAUAGUUUACUCAAAUGGCCUUGAGUCACAGUGGUGGUGGGAUGAAUAACUCAUUAAAAGGUGAUUUUUUUGCCCAGUUUUGAGUGCAGCCAUCUGUAGCAGAUGCUUAUGUAGUCAUUUAGUGAUCAUUACCAUACAUUUCAUAUUUGCAAGAGGCAGGAGGGGUUUCAUUCUGGGCUGCCUUUCUCCAUCUACAGCCCGUUCUGCUGCAGCUGAAUUAUCGUUCCCACACAGGUAGAUGCUGCUGUGACACUGUGGUUGAGGCCAACUGCAGGGCUUGUGUAUAGAAGUAAACUUUGACCUCAUUUGUAAAUAUUGGAAGAAUUAAAUGCGGCCCUGAAAGCUUUGUGGUCAGGCAAAUGUAUCAGUGAUACAUCAGAGAGUGUGUUAUCUGAUGAAGGGCUGGUUCUGGACUCGAGUAUUUAAACCCUGAUCAGCUUCCAUGUGGAUUUGUGUAUAAUCUUGUUCUCUGAUAACAGCAUCAGUGUAGGCAAAUAAAAGCCUUUGCUUUCACUGAUUACACCAACAUUUGCUUAUAGCAGAAGGCUUUUUAACCUCUGUUAUAAUGCGCAAAGACUCAUCCUGCCUAAUGUCUCACCAUUAAAACUCAAAGUGUGAUGCUGGACUUAACAAUCUCUGCACAUUUAAAAACCAGAGGGAGCAGCUUUGAUUUCUUCUCCUUUUAUUUCCUCAUCAUUAAUCCUCUCCUCAGGUCUAAACAUUUGGGUAGAGAAAUGACUGGAGACGGCUCACACUGUUUUCUAUCAGACAAGCAGCACUAGCUCACAACAAACAAACAGAAAAAAAAAAAAACUGACUAGAAACAUAUUUUGGCAUGGGAGUUGAUAAAAUCACACCCCAAUCUGGAAAACGAAAUUAAAGAUUCAGGAAGGUUACGUAAGAUGUCGACUGAUUCCAAGCCUGCAGCUUCAAGAUGAUAAUCACCCUCCAUUCUCAACUGACAACUGAGAAGUCCAAAAAUUGAGGACAUGAGUACACUUUCAGUGGUUUAAUCCAUGCUUCUUUUCUUUCUUUCUUAUUUUCAUUUAGAAAAGCAGAAAAGCCUUUUGAGACUCUGUGGGCUGAGAGUUAAAGGAGAAGAUUUAUACACGUCAAAUAAAUACAGCGAACAGUUAGCCGAGCUAGCGUGGCAACUGGAAGGAAUAGAUAAUCUAAAUAUAUUUGUCUCAGAUGGAUCUCAUGCUAAAGACUCAAAAAAAAACUGGGUCAACAGCCCUGUUAAUGACCGCCAUUCGACUACCAUGAUCAUUAGCGCUCUAAUGACCCACAGAGUCAUACAUUUCUGGCCCUAUGGACCAGCCAGUUCGGGACUGAAGAAGCUUUUGAACACAAGGUAAAACAUCUUUGAGAACUCAAACCAAGCUCAGCUGACAUAUUGGAUCAAGACUGGUAAAUCUUAUUAACAUUAACUUGUUGAUCUUUUAACAUUUACGGUCCAUAUCUAACAGGAAAUCUGUGAUGUCAUCAAGCUCCUGUGGGGGAACCUGAUUUCAUUUGUGUUGUUUGUGCGUCCCCUGUGGACAAAGCCAAUCCUUUUACCUCUUUUUUUGAUUUCAUCCUGCUCAUGAACAAGUUGUCUGUCCUCCAUUAAAUUAUAGUUGAGGACUUUUUUAAAACAGGACACGUAAGGAACUGGGAAAGAUAUGCAGCAAAGGGUCUCACCAGUGAUCUGCUAAGUAUCUUUGUCGUGCAGGUGUGAAAUAAGGCUGUUUUUGCCAAGCGCUGUCUAUUGUGUUGUUUUACUCUUUAUCUAGUUGGUCAGGCAGUAUUAAAAUUUAUGUUCAAAAGACUGAGAAACUGUCAGAACAUCCUUGAUAUAAAUAGUAAACCUUUAUGUGGUCUUUUGUUUGUUGUUGUUUUUUGCUGCUUUAGUAAGCCAUAGAGGCAAUAUUAAUUUCCAUCUCUGUUGUUGGCAGCUAAGAGACUUCCCACAGGAGCUUUAAGUUACCUUUUGUUUUUUAUCUUGUAAAGACCACCCGAAGUCUUGUUUUCUACAUGAUAUCUGGAAAACACUGCUUAAAAAUAGCUCUGCUCAUAAGUGGGAUCGAUUUUUGAUCUAUUUUUGGGAAAGAGAGCGCAGAGAUUCCCAGAAAAGUUGACUCUUACUUUAAUAUUACCAGGGGCUGUGGUUAGUGUACGCACUAGUAGAGCUGCACGGUCAUGACAUUGUGCUCUAGCACUUAUUUAGCCAUGUAGUAAACCUGGUCAUUGAUUUUCUGUCACAUCAGCCGCUCCACAGCAAACCGCCAGCCUCUCGUGUAGAUGUAGAAGCUCCUGUUACAUCUGUCCGUGCUACACGGUGUAUUUCUGUCAACAUCCUGGUGCUUUUUUUUCCCCCCUUCCCCUGCACAGUGCCCAUAGCUCUGUCAGUUUGGUUAUGUGUGAGGACAACCAUAUAAAGAGAGAAGUGUACCGCCUCCUGUCAUUUUGUGCCAGCUCAGAGCUUAACACGAGCGCAAAUGUGGAAACGUGGAUUGUCCUCUGACAGAAACGGCCUGCUCAUCAGCCUCUGGAAACAAGUGACUCAGAUGACUAAUUUUCCUGCCGUCCACUAUCUCAAGAAGCCUUUUUUUUACUGAUGAGAGAAAAUUAUGCAUCAGAGGAAGAGAUUAUCUAACUUUGGCAAUUUUAAGAGUCAGUAAUUGAGCAGCACAUGCUCACAUCAUUGCCUGGUUUUUGCUCUGGUGUUGUCCACUCUGCUGUGUGGGUGUUUGGCUGUCAGUCAGGGGCCUUCUGAUAAAAGAGCUGCAUAAAGCCGGGGUGCAGAGAGGGGAGCGGAGAGCUUGCCAUCAAUCUUGCACCGCCAGACAGCCAUCUGCUUCCAAAAACACCAGCACCCUCAAUAAUUUGUCCCUGAAAAUGCUCACUGCAUCAGCGCUGCAGCUGGAGGGGCAUCAAACAGCACACUGCCUAAAAACUACACUUCUUUAUGGUCUCUGCUCUGCUGCUACAUAAGUCAUGGUCUGUCACACUGCUCUGGAUGUAUGCCUCUGAUCCUCUUCUCUUUCCAAAGCAGAAUGAAUGAGUUUAUCUUGUACUUAUGCCAUAAAACUAGAAGAUUUAAAACAUGAAUCUGAGGAAAUGCAGGAUGGAAAAUAUGAUGAACCAGAUAUUUCACUUAAAUUUAUGUCAAAACAACAACAGGCUGGACACUUUUAAUCAUCCUGGCCUAUCACAGAGCAGAAAUAUCAAGAAUACACAGUCUGCAGUUUUUGCUCUCCUUUACACUUGGGAGUACGAGCCCACUGCCCACUGCUAAUCCUUGUUGGAGCUGCUGGUGAAGAAACUGAGGAGUAGAAAACCUUGCACCACAAAUCAAGCGGUAAGGGUGAACUCACUAAACUCCAAGGAUUAAAAAAAAGGAUCUCAUAAAAAUAGUAACAUAAUGUCACUUAUAUGGAUGUUAGUGACAGCUCAGCUAGCAGCCCCCUCAUGGGACGGAUGGACAGUGUUGCUAAGAGAUUUACAAGUAGGAUUCUGCUUUAUUCAGCAUUUUUACUGGUUUUAAUUGUCUCCCUCGGGCUGUAUCUGUGCAUUAGAUCAAACAUUGCCCAGUUUAGACAUACUGUCUAAUUUAGAACAGAGUUUAUUCUCUGCCUACUAUUCAGGGGUUGCUUUAACUGAGAUAGUUUCAUCUAAAGCAUUGGUUACAUCUUUGAUCAUACACGUAGAUCUAAAUAGAUGCAACAUCCUGCGUAAAACUACCGUCUGUCAUGACGCAAUGUUUGGAAAGAAAGGAUCAUUUGGAGGAUGAGGAGAAGCAGAGGGUUUGAUCAGCAGAAUGACAGUGGUCUGCAGUGCAGUUUUCUCUGCUCUCUCUCCCUCAGUAAUGCUUUUGUUUUCCAUGAGCAGAGAUAACUCCCAUCUGUACCAUUACUACUGUGUGUUGUGCACAAUGAUUUUACCUCCCUGUUACCAGUGUUAUUUUACACGAGCAUCUGGUUGAUCAAUGGGAGCUGUCAGCAGUUUUAUCAGCGGUUUGCCUUUUUGAGGCAAGAUAAAGAAAGAGGCGAACUUCUCAGAUGCCCCAUUAGGAAAAAGUGCCUCUUAAUUGUGAGGAACUUUAAGCUUGUGUCAGUGUUGACGCCCCCUGUGGACAAAGCAAUUUUUGCUUCUUGUCCUCUACAUGCUUGAGUAUUGCCUAAUGACCAAAUCUCAUCCUGUUGCAGGACUUGACACUAAAGUUUUUCACAAGAAGCACAUGUGCUCCUAAGUUGAAAAAGUAAGGAGCACUCAAAGAACUUUAGGGGCACAAUGAAAAUUGAUCAAAUAAUGGGUGUCUCAUUUGUCAACAAAAGUACUAUUAUUUGAAAUCAAUUUAAGGUCUUUUGGUCACAUGACAUGGAAGCUAUUGAAGAAAAACAGCCUUUUUUAGAACAUCAACGAGUAAUUAAUUGAUGGUCCCUUAUUCAACACCCGACGUUGACAGCGAGAGUGCCGAGUAAAUUUAACCACGCUGCUAUUGCUAUUCCCGGUUAUAGAGACUGAGAAGACACCAGUAGAUCCACAAUGAAUGUCCGUCAAAUAUCCAACCUAAAACUAACUUCACCCCGAUAUUAACAUGAAAAAAUAUCUGUUGCCUCAGCUAACUUUUUUUAUGUGCACAUGUGCCCCGAAAUACAUUUUACAAUUCGCACACAUCUAUUUUUAGUCGCAAAUGCGAGUGAAUUGGUCGAGUCCUGUGCUGACUUUUCAGGGUCAAAUGGUCAUUUUUAUCGGUGUUAAUUUUUUCCAUGUGGAAGUUGUAAAAAGGAGGAUGUUUCUUAAACUGCUUAGCUGACACCUACUACUUUGUACCGGUUUUAGGCUUUAAAAAAGGUGAUGAACAACCUGCCAAUCUUGCCACCAACUGUCUGGUUUGCUUCUGGAUAUCAUGAAUAGACAUCAGUAUGAAUUCCAGUCUAUUUCAUAAAUGCGUAAAAAGUCUUCAUAGGAGCUUUAAUGUUAGGCCACAGGAAGUGAAAAACUAUUUUUGGGACAAUAUUUUGGCUAGAUUGGAAGUUGCGCUUGACUCAUCUGAACCUUGUGUCUCUAACUAAACAGUGACACUGCAGUUUAAAACAAAACUUUUAAAACUUCAAACCUCAAACUAAAACAUGUCUUUUUUUUAAGAGGUCCAGACCUAUUGAGUUGGUUUGUGUUACAUGUUACAUAAAAUAUAGCAAGAUUAAGUAAUGAAAAAUGAUAAUCAACGUCAGCGCAUGCUAGCAUAAUCUGUCCUUGAGUCUAACUUACUAACCUUCUGGUUUCUCUUAGCUUACAUCAUCACCAGGAUACGCCUGAAACUGGCUGCACUAUUAAAUUUAAUUUCCGGCUAAAUUUCACGUUUCAUCAUUGUAAUAAAAGUUAUGGGAAUCAUAUUUUCCCAAAAUGCCCAGACUUAUAUAGACUUUGAUUUUACUGAGUCUUACACAGUUCAAGGCUGUUAAACAGGCUAAUUAUACAGUUUAUUAUGUGUCAGCUUUGCUCAGGUGUUGGGGAAGGAGUUAAAUCAUCUAGAGCACAUUAGUGCGCUCUCUCUCCUCAUGCCUGCGACUGUAAAGCUGUUAUCUUUAUUCUGCUGGUGGGGUGGCAGUGCGUGGAGGGGGGGCGUCGUCAUCAUCCCCCCUGUAGGCUCAUGCUGCUCUAACUACCUCUCCUUCUCCUUAUUCUCCAUCUCGAUAUUUCUUUUUAUCUGUGUGAGUUCUUAGUACGACUCAUCACAUUUUUUAUGUGCCUGUGGUCUGAAGCCUCUAAUGUGAUUGCCAAGCUUAGCAUAUGUUAGCCUUAAAUAUUAAUACACACCUAAUCAUGCGCAUACAUUUGCCUCCUCGCUCCUUGAUCCUUUCUGUGACAUUUGUUUAUUCAGACGGAGUAAGAAGCUAACUCUGUCAAAAAUUUCAUAUAGGUGGCUUUUCUAAAAGAGGCUCAUAACCUACUCACAUGUCUGCUUUGAGGAAAUAUAUGCUGAAUAAAAUUAUUUUGCAAUCCCACACAUUCAUAAAGUAGUUUUAUGUAUAAUACUGUUGCAGUCAUGCACCUUGGCUGAGUAAAGUAACUCCUAACACAUAGGUGCAUGCCUAGUUUCAGCCUAGCCAUAGCUCACAGUGUAACACACUUAAGCAGUGUGUAUAAUAUUUGUACAAUUUGUCCUAAGGCAUCAUUUUUUGUUAUCUUAUUGAGAUAAUUUUAAUGGAUUCCUUAGUCAGUAAUGAGCUGGUCCUCCUUGUCUCUCGGCUCUGCUCUCUGCUGUUUAUUUCAGAGCUGUCAGAGUGGCUGCCACUGCAAUUCUGGGAUCUGCCAAUGGGAGCUAUUAACAAGGGUCCAAUAAUGGAAAACUGUCAAAUCACAACUGAGCAGAACAAGUCUACCCCUCUGAUCAUACAAGCUACAGUUUCCUCAUUCUCCAAGCCUCAAAUUAAUCUACUCAGCUCGUACAGUUUGUCUGUGACGUCCAUAUGAGGCAGAUAGAGCCGUCUUUCUAUUCAGCGACACUUAAACACACGACAGCGCUGAGUAUGUCCAAUGUGUUGACAGAGCAGCUUUCAUCGGGCUUUUAUCAGACUCCAUUAAUGUGUUAGAAAGAUAGAUGGCCGAGCACCAACCAGCUGCAGCCAUUUCACAUAAACACAGUUAAUUGAACACAAUUUCGGCGAGCCGCUCGAUCAACUGUGCUCACUGUUUGUUCUCGGAGGUGGAUCCUGUCAGUGGAGGCCAUUAGGCAGCAUUCAGCCCUCAGGUUCAGAGACAAGAUGCACAAAGACAACAGGAGACAUGAAUACGCAAUGAUUAGGGUUGCAAAGGAGUGGAAAAUUUACUGUAAAUUUCCAGAAAAUUUUCAUAAACUUUCCAUGGGAAGUUAAGCUGGGGAAUUUUAGAAAUAUUCCAAAUUCUAAACUUUCCAUGGGAAUUAUUGUUAACUUAUGGGAAUUAACUGGAAACUGGGGGUAAUUUAUACAAACUGUAUCAUAUCCAAACAUAUGUGUAAAUAUUUUUGAUCUGUCAUAAGCAAACAUUCCUGCAAAAUAAUACAAUUAAAAACAUUUCAACAGAUUUAUUUGAGUGGCAAUGGUGAACGUGGCAUUAGAUGUAAAAAGACCACAAAAAUGCUUGUAAAAAAAUUAUACAAUGGCAUGAACAGAAAUAUAGUUGGAUAAAAAAACUGGAGUGGUGUUCAAAAUAUUUGAUAAUUGAUGUAUAAAUUAAUGUAUGGUUACAGAAAACCGUCAUGCAGGAGUCAGAAGAAACAGCAUCACAAUUGAGGUAGCUACCACCACCAUAAUAACCUAGCCCCUUAAAUGGUCAAUGAAAUGAAAAAUAGCUUACCUUUGCACCUAUUUUUAUUUAAUUUUUGCAAUUAAAUAAUAAUACUAUUAUAGAUUAAAUAUGUUUACCCCAGAAGUUCGAGCUGGGAAUGACGUCACAACCAAGUUACCAGCGUUUUUGCUACCAAGACGCAAAAAAGCUAUAUUCGAGGCGGAAACAAGAUGGCUACAUCUGCGAAAGUUAUUUUGGCGCUUACCUUGUCUGAAUAUAGGCAAGGACAAGGCAAGCGCUAAAAUAACUUUCUCUAAAGAGAUACAGGUCUAACAGACAUCUAAAUGUAGCCUAGACGACUGGUCUAAAAUCAGACUACCAAAGGUCUAAAAAGGAAAGUUUUUUUAGAUGCCUAAAUUUAGACCAAGUUUAGACUAAAUCUAAAUCUGGGCUUUAUCUAUACUACACUGUAUAUUGCUCAACAGUUAUCACAAGUAUUUUGGUUAAGUACUUGCUACGGUGGCCUGGAAGUGCAAAACACAACCGACAACACGACAGCAAAUCAAAACACAAACGCAAAAGAAAGAACACAACCGCAAAAGAAAAAACGCAACCGCAAAUCACAAAACGCAACUGCAAAUCACAAAACACGACAGCAAAUCACAUAUGCAAACACAAAAAAAGAAAACACAACAGCAAAUCACAUAUGGAAACACAAAAAAGAAAACACAACAACACAUCACAAAUGCAAACGCAAAAAAAAAAAAAAAACGCAACCGCAAAUCCCAAAACACGACAGCAUCGUCCGUCUUCUUCUUCUUCGUUGUAGUAUAGUUGUAGUCUAAACAAGUCAGCUUCUUUCAAGCGGGUCUUCAGCGUUCGAAUGCUCAUGCUAAUGCCAUGAAUAGUCGACAACAUGUGGACUAUUACGCCAUAUUUGUGUCCAUGUCCAUGUUUCGUGUUUACUUUCCCGUUCCGACAUCCAGCAGGUGGCAGUAGUACUCUACCCCCAGCAGAGUGAACUGCAAUUAAACUACAACGAAGAAGAAGACAGACAGUGCUGUCGUGUUUUGGGAUUUGCUGUUGUGUUUUCUUUUUUUCGUUUGCAUAUGUGAUUUGCUGUUGCGUUUUGUGAUUUGUGGUUGCGUUUUCUCUUUUGCAUUUGCGUUUUGAUUUGCUGUCGUGUUUUCUCUUUUGCGGUUGUGUUUUGCACUUCCAGGCCACCGUAACUUGCAGAUCAGUUAUGCAACUCACAGUUGCUUUUUGAAAUAAAUAGUUAUUGAACAAUGGGUUAAAGUGCAACAUCUAAAUUCCAUCUAAAAAUAUACAGAAUCUAGAUGAUUCAAGUUAGGUCUAAAAAGAAAACUUGACGUCUAAUAGCCGUCUAUUGCUCAGUGGGGUAAAAGAGACAGGAAAUAAUCCAAAACAAAGCUCUUAGACACACUCUUUUAUUUUUGUUGAUAUGUGUUUGAUCAUGUUUAGAGGACAUUAUCCCAAGGCUUCAACAGAGAUCAUUUAAUAUUUCAUAAAAACGUGUUGAUAUACAGUUCAGCUUUUUUAUUAUAAUCUUCUAUACAGACACAAAAAUCACCUCAAAAAUCAAAGUCAGUGGAUGCAUUGAUGCUCAUGAGAUUAACAUUUCUGAUUAUUUUGAAAAAUAUGGUAAAAUAACAUGAAAGAUGAUUGUAAUUCUUGUUUUGGGUGAAAUCUUGUUGCAGAUUUGACUUGAUGUGAAGAUGAGCUAUUUUUAAAUGCUGCCACUACAUGACUUUUGGUGUCACAGAAAUGGCCCUAGAUGACGUAAUGGUUCCAGGAUAACUAAAGUCACCGUAGAGCACAGUCUUUUGCUGUUUAUUUUCUUCUUGUUCGCUCUUGUGUUUUAUUUUAACAUGAAGUGAAAUUUGAGGAGGCGUCACUGCUGGACUUUAGAGUGUUUUCCAUCUCUCUGUGUAGCCCUCCUCUGUCUGCUGAAGCCCUUGAUUGUGAGUGAGUGAAAGGCCACUGGCCAGGCUGCAGUUUACAGUGUGUGAGAGAAAAGUGAUCAGAGUGAUAGUGACUUCCACCAUGAUAAAACUGGGUCAAUGUAACCCCCACCCCCUCCACCACAGGCAAGGCUGAAAAAGGAAAAAAAGAGAUGAGGAUACCAUCAGCAGACUCUGGAUUUAAGCAUGGGGACACUGGAGUGUGGUUUGCUUUCUCGAUGGGUUGGUAUCAGUGUUGUGUUGGGACUGACGCCAUCCCAACACUAUGUUGACGUGUUCCUUUUUCCCCUCCCUGUGCUCUGUGCGUAACAGUGUCACGUUAUAAUCUGUCCCCCUGUAUUUCCUCUUUAUACUUGCUGUGUUACUGUCAGCCAGUGUUGUCCUCUGUAUCUGAUUCUCCCAGUCCCCCCUUUAACCUUUUUGGUCUAUAUCCCUCCCAAGAGAUUCUCCAUAAAUAGCACUCAAAGGGCUGAAAGUAAAAAUAUCAACCAGACCAAACACUGUUUUUAAAAGCUUUAUGUGAUACAUGGUGUAAUUUUUUACCUACAUUUCAAAAAAGAGGUUGGUACAUCUCCACCCUUCAACGUUAUUUGCUUAAAUCUGAUAUAAAUCACCUCUCCUGAUGUAUGGCUGUUCAGAUAUAUUCAAUUUUACUUGUCUAGACUUUGAGGUAUCUUACUCAAAUCAAUGCACCCCUCCAAAAAAUGGUGACAAUGAAAUUUGGAGGUCAAUCAUUUUCACCAGGACUGCACAGGGAAGUGGGUCAUAUCAAAUUGGUCAUCAUGAAACCUUGAGACUGGUUCACUUUUAGACACUUAAAAGAUAAUUCUCCAUCUGCUGUAAGGAUGUAAAACAAAAAUGUCAUGACCAAUAUGCAGAUAAAAUAUCUGUAUCAUUAUAGAUCAUGAAAAUUAUGGUUUGUUUUGUAAAGCAAAUUGAUUCUUUGAUUUCAGAACAAUGAUGUUAACCUUACCAUGCUGUCUUUGGGCUGUUUUUUGGUGUAGCAGUUCUUAAAGCAAAAUGUUAAUUACCACUAUGUGAAAAAACUUGUGGAGGAAAUGCUAUUUAGCCGAGUUUUGAGUUGGUGAAAUACUUAUAACAGCCUCCAUUCAUAUGUUAGCAUGCUUACCAGAGCUGUGCUGCAGUGACUAAUUUCCUAGUCAGUGAAAUAGAAAUUUAAAUUCAAACUUACUCAGAUUGACAGCCAUGAGGAUAUGUUUGAAAGACACCAAGGCUGUAUUGAACGCAGUGGUUUGCAGUCUAAAAGCCUUGUAGCCUUGGGCACUGCCAUCCCGCUGAAAAUAAUGCUUUUGUAAUGUUUAUCUUGUAAUUCAACAGCAUUUAUCUGAGUUUGUGAGAGAUAUAAACAACUUAAACUGACCUAACAGGAAGAAAAAUCACCUGCAGGUUAAUAGAUAACUUUUCCUUCUCAUGCUGUUAUUUAAACAAAACCUUUACUCAAGCCUUGGUUGUAUUUUGGGCUGAAUGCUAACAUUAGCGUGUCUGUUUGACCUCCACAGCCUCCUCUACAGCCAUGCUGCUUGUGUGGCAAAAAAGGCAAAUUAAAGCACUUCAUCAACCAAACACCUCCUGGGUGCAUUUAACGUCUCAGAUUGAUUGUAUUUAACAGAGUGUGUGAAAGAGAGGGUGGAUUUUCACUUUCAGGACGACAAUUAUUCAUCUAAACGUUUGAGGGCAGCCUAAUAAUGGAUGUACAGAGUAAAUGUAAAAAACAUGAAGUCCUGUAGUCACUGUAUCAAACGAUUAUUAACAGCAUUAAUCAUACAGGCAAUUCAAGGAUACUAUAAAAAACUCUUUGGUCUUUUAUACUCAAAGUGUUUAUUUAUAAACCACAGUGUGUUAAUCUCUUUUUGCUGUGUCAUGGUGAGAAAGCUUUCUCUCCAGCUGAGUGGUGUUGUUGUGUAUGUGGUGACUUUCUGUUUAUACCAUGGCCAGGACAAAUACUCAUUUCUAAUUGGUCCAAAGGAUUUGGUUCAUUUAAUUUAUUCAGUAGGCAGAGUGGAUAUGGCUGGGAGCAGGAAGGGUUUCAUUUCAGAUAAUCUCGGGGCUCUCUGUGUCUAAAGUGAAGGGUCUCAAGGAGCCUUUGCAUUUCAUGCUGUGAUUUUCUGUGACAGAAACAUAAACAGCAUCACAAAUACCUCUGUGAGCGCCUUUGCACGAAUUGAAUAUGCACUUCUACGUCAAGAGCCAUGAGCACAGUCAUGUUUUACACCAUGUUUAGCUAUUUUUUAUCAUAAGUUAUGACUUUGCUCUGAUUUCAUGGGUAAAGACUGAGGAUUCAUCAGAGGUGUGAAGGCCGAUGCUGCUCAUUUGCUGCAGCUUUUACGACUGAGCUCUUAAGAAGCCUCUCUACCAUCAGGAUAAGCUGGGAUUAGUUGUUGCUAACGGCAAACAGGUAAACAUCCUUGUACCUGAGAUCAGAUUUGGGAUUGUUUUACCUCAUUUGCAUUAAUGCUACAAGAAAACAAUUGGAUGUGAAUGUUCAACUUUUAUUCAUCUUAAAUAGCGUUUCACAGUCAUCAGCUGGCCUUGGUAUAAGCAGAGGAUAAAUGAUAUUUGAUGUGCAUGUUGAAAUGGAUUCAUCCGAUGUAACUACUACUUCAGUGUUAUCCAUUCAAAUCAAACAUGCGCCUCACUGCAUAUCCUUUUUAUGUGACUUCUCCUUUCAUUUGCAGCAGAUGUGAAAGGAAACGAGUGAUUUAAUUGCGACAUUGAUGGCGUAAUUGUUCCCGAUAUGUUUUGGUAUACAAAGACACCUCGUGAUGACUUACAAAAUAUGCAAAACAUAAAAAAAACUGCUGUUGUAUUUUUUGUCAACAUGUGACGUCACUCUUGUGUGGGAUUUGGGGUUUAUUUUACAUUUCAUGAAUAAUUUAUCUCCGCCCUUGUAAGUGUAAUUACUCAAGAUUGUAACAUCCUCUUUAGAGAGAAAAUAACCAUGUUCCCAAUUAGGCACUGUAUGAUAUAAAUAUUUCAUAGCCGCAAGACAGUGCUUAUCAGUAAGCAUCAGCACGUUUUAUUCAAGUCUAAACUGAUGAAAUGUAAAGUGUGCCCCACAUUUCCAGUGUUUGUGUAAUUACAGUAAUUUCCUGACUUCUCUUUUUCCAUCUCUUUCUCCCUCUCGAUUGGACAGCUUCGCAUAAACCCAGAUGCCUCCCCUCCCUCUUGAUGAGCGCAUAGUGGUCAUUCAGCGCCCUAAAAACUUAGGCCUGUGUGAGGCUUCCCCACAGAGCAUCCCGCAGCACUCCUCCCAAAUAUCAGCCUCUACCAAUGGACAAGUGUCCCACCCUCCUCACCUCCACCCCUCUCAGACCCAUUUCUACUCACCCACCUGUAAAUCUCUGACUCUGGAAUGCAAGCGCAGAUCCGCUCGUGCUGCGCAAAAAUUCAAAUGCGACCAGCCUGCGAUCCCAGCGGGUGUCAGACACAAUCCUAGCCACUGCCACAGCAAUGGCACAGUAACUCUUGGCCCACGGCUGCCCUCCCACACACAUACUAUCGAUAUCAGGGUGACAGUAGACAAAGGCGGACGUGGAGGAUUCAGCAACUCGUUAGGGCGAGGAGGAACUGUAAGAGGCGGUAGAGGGAAAUGUGUCACAUCACAGUGGGACCAAGGGCAAUGUGAGAGGCCUGCUGGUAAACCAGGUGGAGUAGAACACAAGCCGCAGCGAAGUCGCCAUUGUCUGCUGUCGUCUUCGCCUGGAGGCGUCCUACAAUUUGUUCCGGCCCAGACGCAGCAGCAGCACAGAUUUCGGGGUGAAAAGGAAAAAGAAAACACCAGUUUUCUCAAUAGAGGUGACCAGGAUUUUCACUCUCAAAGUUACAAGAAGAAUUCCAAACUGGGAACUGCCCAUCAAAGCCAUAACAGUCACAGUCUGCCCUAUCACCACAACUCCGUCCCUGUUCCCCAUGCUGCCAUCCUAAACUCCAACUAUCCUUCAUCCCCUCCCUCCCAGCCCUCCCAUGUCCCUGCCUCAUUUCAGCAACUCGGCCAGCCCCACCUGUCCCACAGAAGGGAUCACCGCCCUCACAUCCUUCAUGGUCUACCCCUCUCCCCCUGCUCUUCCCACGCAGGAAACUUCCCCAGCCCCGAUCACACCUGCACUAUCGACUGCACCCACCCUUUCGGUUGUGGUUGUUGGAGGCUGGUAAGAUGCAGAGGGUAUAAGGGGCAUUCGGCCAGCUGCCAAGGAGGUGGAGGAAGCUCUUCCACCUCAUUUUCUUGUGGUCACAAUGUCGGAGCAGUGAAGAGAGGUGGCAAAGACAUGGGCCUAAGAAAUCUCGGGGGGUGUCUCUCCAACGCCUCCACCUCCAACACCUCCUCCUCUAACAGCACUGUGUCUGACUGCCGAGCAGGCCUGUUCAAACCUCUCCGCUGUGCCUCCUGCUCCGGAGAGGCCGGGAACUUUGAGAGUCCUGCUAUUCUUCGCAAAAAACUGGUAGGGGGAUGCCUGCCUUGUACCCCGCUGUCCUCCUCUGCCCCUCUUCGGGCCAUUCAAAGCUGUGUCACAGGCUGCAACCCCAAAGCCUCUCAGACAGGCAGCUCCACCUGCAGCUACUGCAGCAGCGACCCUAUCGUAGUGACGUUCAACCCUCGCCGAGGCAAACCCCCAGGAAGAAGCGUCGGAGGAGCUCAUCCAAUGGGUAUGUUCCAAACCGAUGAUGAUGACUACAGUGUGCGUACUAUCUGGCCUGAAGAGCUGGCCAAGAAGAUGACCCACUCCAAAGCCCAAAAGAAUCACUGUGCCGGGAUGGGGGUCGGUGUCGGAAAGUCCUGUGCAAGCCAGGCACAAAAUGGCAGCAACGGAACAGGUCUCGUCCUCUUGAACUGUCAAAACCUCCAGGAAUAUCCGCAGCCUCAGUUAAGAGAUCACGCUGGCAGACGGCGCCUUCAGCAGGGGAAAAUGGCCGCCCUUGAUUUUAUGGGCCACAGGUCAGGAUCUGGGUAUGAUGACGGCCAGAACUCGCUAAAGAGGCUCUUGAAUAAAGCUGAAGAUGGAGGAAUGGGGGACGGUCACGAUCAAGACAGAGAUGCUGCAUAUCCACGUUCUCCUUCUCCCCGAUCUGCCUCACCACCUUCACCUGUGUCCUUUUCACCUCCACCAUCCACCCCCAGCACACUCAUCAAACCCAAACCUUGGCAGAGAGACAGAGAGGGAGGACAUUCUCUGCCAUCAGCUCAGUCACUUCACUUGGCCCUCAACUCCCUGAACAGAGAGCAAGAUGAGGAGAACAGCAGAAGUAAGAAAAUCUCACCAUCAAUUACUAAGAUUAAACUGAUUUUACUGCUGGGGGUAGUGUCACAGUCAGUGUUUGACAGUGUGCUGUCAUGACUUUAAACUCAUUCCUCUCGAUGAGCUAAGUAAUUAUCGUGCAGUUUAAACAGAUUAGCGUUUCCUAAACGUAUGUGGAAGUUUUAAAUAAUCCAAAUGUGUGAGAUCAGAUCUCUUUCACCACACAUUUGAUAAAACCUUUCUUCUUUCUCCGCUUUUGUCUCGUCUUCCUCCAGUGCACCUGACCCUGCCGCUCUCCUCGUCAUUGCCGGCGUCUCUGUCCGACGAGAGUUUGAUGACUCCUGAUGCGGAGAACGCCGUGAUCAGUGCCAUCCUGCCCUUCCUGUUUUUGGGGAACGAGAGAGACGCCCAGGACCUGGAUCUGCUGAUACGCCUCAACAUCGGCUACGUGGUCAACGUGACGACACACCUGCCCCUCUACCACGUCAACGCUGGACUGCGCUACAAAAGGCUGCCAGCCACCGACAACAGCAAGCAAAACCUUCGGCAGUACUUUGAGGAGGUUUUUGAGUUCAUUGGUGAGACUUCCUCUGAUUUAAAUUGUUGUAUUUUGAGUUUGAGACUUUGAGAUAUACUGUAGAAAGUCCUGUUAGGAAAACUACUGUAUAAUGAACUCCUUUGAAGUAUAUCACAAAACCGACCUUUAAUUUGAUAUCCAGCAAUCACAUUAUAGUUAGUGCUCUCUGUUACUACCACUCUUGGUACUUCCCUUGUUUGCCCUCUCACUGAGAAUCGAUGGAGAGACAUUUUGAUGUGUAGCUAAUAAACACUAAUCAAAUUUGGCGGAAAAACAGGUCUGUACAGCUAAGACAAAGUUUUUAAUUGAUUUAAAUAGUUAAUUUAGGGGGAAAAUAAGGACAAAAAUGUUUACCGUAAUUAAGCUACGCCAAAGAAAUACCAGCUUUAGUUGAGAUAAGAUCAGCGUAAUUGCAACAUAAUUUGUUUUUCAUACAAAGUCAUAAACAUAUGGCCUUCUGGGCUCCGUCCAAAGACAUCAUAAAGGGAGCAGCCUUAAAUAUGACCAAUAAUUGAAGAAAAAGAGGAUUGUGCAGAGACUGGUCCUUGGGAGGUGCAGCUCUGACCGGUAUAAAGUCAGAGAGACCCCUGGAUGCUAACGUAGUUAAUUGAUAUGUAGCAAAGCGACAGCUACAUCAGAUUUUGGUGUCUGACAGUGAUGAGAUUUGAACUCUGACGUUGUGUGUUCAAAUCCAAAUCUGUGCAUGUUUUCGUUCAGUGUUCAGUGUUCACUGUGAUGCCCUGCCAACCUGUGUGUUCAUUUUAAUCACUACAUGUGUACACAAAAUUCAAUUUGAAAACCACUGUCACUGUGUGCACAGAUGUAAUAAAAGUUGUGACAGAAGAAGAUUUCUACAGUCAGUUGUCUUCAAAUAGUUAUCAAUGAAAGAAUACUCACUUUUUAACCAUUUGUGAGUGUCUGUUAAAGGCGGUGAUACAUUUUGUUUUGGUGGGAUAAAUCUUGUUGGUUUAUCAAUAGAGGUUAGUCCUGAGUGUCUUUGUUCAGCUAGAGGCCAGGUACAUGAACCAUGAGAACUGGAUGUUGUCAUACUUGAAACAAACUGCUGAAUCUCUUCUGUAACAGGCUGCUGAGGGAGCAGCUUACCCAACUCUUUGUAAUUUUAUUCACAAAGACCCUUCAUUGAUUCCUGGAUCAGCUUCCACUUAGCAUGAGUGGCAAGGAUAAGCUUAUUUUCAGCAGGCAGAACCCUCAAGCAGCACUAGACUUACUGGUGUACAGCCAUCUGCCGGCUGUGGUCUAUGUUUGGUUAUAAUUCUUAUCUGGUGAAAAUGACUUAAUUUUUGUUGAUUUCUAAACCCUUCUCCAAAAAAAAGGAAUGACACAACAUAACCGUUUGAUAACAAAAGUGAGGUUAUGUCUUUCAAAGCUGUAGCGCUGAUUUCUGAACUCAACUACUUAAACAUCUUAUGCACACGUUGGUUGAAGAAAUUCCCUCUCAGACAAGCUUCACAAUUAACUUUUGUCUUUUUUGGAGUGGCACAUGAAAGUCGAUGAUUCAUAAUAAUUUUUUAUCAUCUUUAACUCUGACCUAUCUUGAUACUUGACAUGUAUUUAACUUGAAAGCUGAGUUCAAGUUUGCUGCUUAUGACUUUUAACUCUGUCUCUGAAAUUGUUUUGUUGUCUCUUUCUCACAGAGGAGGCAUAUCAGAGUGGGCAGGGAGUGUUGGUGCACUGCCAGGCCGGUGUGUCCCGUUCCGCAACCAUUGUCAUCGCCUACCUGAUGAAGCACACCCUCAUGACAAUGACAGAUGCCUACAAAUAUGUGCGUAGCCGGCGCCCUGUAGUGUCUCCUAAUCUAAACUUCAUGGGCCAGCUUUUGGAGUUCGAGAGGGACCUCAACUCUGGGGUGACUCCUCGCAUCCUGAUGCCUAAACUGAACGGUGUGGAGACCCAGGUGUAAGAAAAAGGUCAGCGGUCAGGAGCAUGCAAGUUUCACCACAGAUCAAAUUGAAGAUUAAAGUGGCAUUAAUGAGUGCAGCACAUUUUAGAUGACAGACACACAGAGGAAAAUGAUUGAGCAAAUAGUGCACUUUUAAUACUGUGAAAUACAAGACAAAAGACUGGAUGAGUCAUUUGUUUAAGUGCUAACUCUUAGACAACAGGACUAUCAUCCAGUACACUGUUUAUAAAACAAUGUGCCAAUAUUUUGUAUAGACCUGACAUCACUCUCAGAUAUCGCGUUUCUUUUUUCUAACUCCUCGCCCUUUUCGUUCCUGUUGUUUACAUUCACAGCAGCUCACAGACACCAAUCAGUGCAUGUAGCAUAGAAACACACAUGCAAAGGGAUCACUGUUAAUUUACAAUUUCAUCUACAACUACACUCUCAUGUCCCCACCAUAUGUAGCAACACACAGAUUAUGACAAAGCACUUUAAACGCCAUCGAUUUGUUUCAUUAUCGCAAACACAUUUGUCAUAAAGAUGUGAGAGAUUUGUCACACUGGCCUCAGUCUGUUAUGGUUGAGAUUAUCAUGACCAUGUUAUUUUUCUUCUCCUGUUUUGCGUACAGUGCACUAGAGAAGCAUGGACCUAGUCUGUAGCAUUGAGUAGCAUUUACUUGGGGUUGACAAAAAGGGGGGAAAAGCUCAUGCAAUUGUGUUACAGUGGUGUAUUUCAGUGAAGUGGCUCUUUAAAGUGGAGCAGAAAGAGAUUUAAUAAUGCUGUGCACCUGCAGGUACAACUGUCUUUAGCACAAUGUAUUCAGAUUAAAAUUCAUCAUUAGUUAUUACAGACUUUCUUCAACUUUACACCAUUUUGUUUUUGGGUACUUUACAAGAGAAAAGGAUUGGUUUCAUUCACUUUUUUAUGAUGCUUUAAAAGAAAAAUCUUGGUCUUGUGAAGUGUUUAGCAUGAAUUAAUCCUGUAAUGGUUCACAGAUAGAAACUUCAUGGCAUUUAAGAAGCACAUAGCACACUUUGAUUUAUUACAGAUGACACAGUCAAAGUAAGGGCGUUUAACAUAAAUUUGAGAGUAAAAACUUGGUGAAACUAAGAGCUUCAUCUUGAUUUCUUUUUAUUUUCUGCCUAAGAUUGUAGGCUUUACGUCCCGCAGUACCAGAAAGGGCUGAGUACCAAGUACCAAUCUGAAAAAGUUCUAGUAAGAGGUGCAUGUAAAUAAUAAGUGUAUAACCCACAGGGGAUCCUAGUCAGUCCAUUUGUUGGGGAGACCUGACAUGACAGCCUUUAACUGCUGCAGACGGAGUCAACUUGACCAUGUGAUUUCUCUGAUUCUGAGAAAGAACCUUAUCAUUAUUGCCAGUGCAAGUCUACACUUAAGCUGGAAAUAUUUCAGCACUUUACUUUGCUGUCAGCUGCUUUGAGUCCUUUUUUUAGGCUUAACACUUGUGUUCCUCAGCCCGCAGUGCACUGUUUAGAUGCUCUAUAAUGUCUAUAAUGUUUGAGUAACUUAAACUACACUGUAAACACUGGUAUUAUUUUGAGAUCAUUUCCUGAGCUGACACAGCAAUGGCUCUAGAGUUUGUUAUCUCAGCUCAGUCUCCUUCUUUGGCAGGGAACACAGUGUAUUUUGUUAUGGUAAACAUAAUGUGUGGACUCUCAGUUGUGUCAUUAAGCCAUUCUGCUGAUCUGACUGAACUUGGCGAUUUGGGAUCUCUCCCGCUCUCCAGUUAGCACAGAGGUUUCUCCCUUGUCUGCUUUGGUUUAUGAAAGCAUCCUCUUGUGUCCACGGUAAAUAGCACAUCAAAAUGGCUGUUAGAACUACUCAUUAUUUACUUUGGUUGUAUUUAGUCUAUUUCAAAACCUGCAGACCCAAACACCGGAUCAGUGAGCAACACACAGAGGAGCACCUAUGUGUUGCUUUCAUGCCAAAAAGCACUGAAAAAAAUGUCGUAAUAGAGCGUACACUUUAAUGAGUAUCGAUGUUUGAUUUUCAUAAAGUUUGCAGGAUUCUGCAGCGUUGACUCCGUCUGCAGAUACUUCUGUUCUGUUUCUACAGCUGGUUGCUCAACAAAGAGGCCGAGCUGACAAGGAUCCCGUCUGAGUAACACACUUGACAAGUUCGUCAUACAACCUCACUAAAAAGAUUUAUUUAUAACUAUCCCUAAAGUUCAAGACUUAUCUGAAAGCCAAAUCUACUCUCCAUAUAGGAGUCAAAAACCAACAGUUUUUUUAGAGAUGAUGAUCUUCAAGCUGAUUAAUUCAUGCCUGUUUACCCCUAAUCGUUCCUUUGCCUUAUGGUCCUCACUGAACUUCUUAACUGUGGCCCCCAUGACUAUGCAUUCGCACUAUUAGGAAGGAUUUCUUCUAGAAGGAGGAGGUUUUAUGGUUCACUGUGACCUCUUUACUCAGUACACACUAAGUUGCACCCACCAGACAAAGGAAGAUAUUGAAUUAUUUAAGAUUUCUGUAAAUCUGUGAGCUCUUCAACUCGAAUCUACAAAGACCAUGAGACACAAAAUAUUAUUUAGAUUUUGGCUUGUGGGAUUUUGAUCUUAGCCUCCAGUUCAGUCGAUUCACUUUAUGAGAAGAAUCUGCGUUUCGUGAGGGAGUUUUGUCAAAUGUCAGAGAGAGAAUUAUUUUGCACAUUUUGUAAACUGAUGCCAUAAACAUUUUGGUAACAUGCUGUUGAUUUAUACAGAUGUUUAUGACUAUGAGUAUUUGCAUAUAAAUUACGAGUAAUUUUGGCUUGCAUCAAUUGUUAAACUGUGUCAGAAAUGACACAUUUGUAAAGAUGAAUUGAUUCCUGUAUGUAAGAGUUUUAUGAAGAGUUUUGUGUUACUUUGAGUGUAAAGGGAUAGAUGUGCAGUCCGACAGGCCGCUUUAAAAGUAGGGGAUUCAGCUCACAGAAGAAAGGAAGUGUAGUGAUUGUCCAGAAAAUCCAAACAAGUUAAGUCUUUUUUUAAAAUAUAUAUUCUAAAUAAAAUCCAGUCACACCCUCUUGGCCUGAACCCUAAUCCAGUUUUUCAGUCGCGUUUACAUGAUGCCCUGUUACAAGUUUCUAACCGAAAUGCCUUCAGUUUAGCCUUGUGUAAUUUGGUCCUCCCUCGUGUCUGUUAUAAGUGUGGCUUUGUAAAAUGAUCCUGACUUUUUCUCUCUGGUUUCAUUUCUGGCCGAGUGACUUUGAUAGAGGCUAUAUUUUUCUACAACCAGACUUCAUCAUGUUCAGGAUGCACAGACACUGUAUCUGUGUAUUUACACUCUUUUCUUUUUUUUACAUGGAGCUUUGUUUUUGUAUGACAGAAUGAUAUGACAGUAAGGAUUUUCAGCUGUGCUUUAGGUUACAGUUUCACUGUUAUCAGACCUUCACAGGUCAACAUAUUGUAUUCCUGUCUUUACCUCCUCGCCUUUGUUUCAGCUGGAGAACCAAACAUGCAGUUCACUCCUCCAGUCUCUCCGCCUCCACUCACAGUAGGUGUAGUAUUAACCUUUGCAGAGGGCCUGUUGUUAUUGCUCCUUGAUUUUUAUACAGACUUUAUAUGCAAAAUGGCUGUUUGAAGCAUCUUUAAGUCCACGCUGUGUGGACUGGCUGUGCAGUUGAGUCAAUGCUGACCUCAGUCGUUUGUACUCGAGAGACACGUCGAAAGAAAGUGGACAUUUUGUCUUUAAUUCCUCUAAACUGAAGGGCCAGUGUCUCUGUGAGUGUGUGUAAAAACCUUCUGUUUGUGUUUUGCACCUGAAAAGAAGAACUGUAUUAGUGAUGAGGACAUUGUAUAUCUGUGCAUCGCUUAUUUGUGGGAACUUAAUUAUUCCUGUUUGUAUUUUAUUGCUCAUUUUCAAACAUUGUUAUUUCAUGUACCAAAUAUUGAAUUUUAGGAUUCAUAGGAAUGAUGAUUUGAAAAAAAAAAAAAAAGCAGAUCACCUCCUUUCUUCCUGAUGGGGGUAAGAACUCUUCAGGUAUGACUCUCGUUGUAAAGCUGUGCUCUUUCACUUCCUCCAGAGACCCAAAAACUCAUGUAACCUAACCUGUGAUGCUCUCCUCUUGCGCUCUUCCUUUUCAUAAUGGAUUGUUUCUCUUGAGCAAAUGUAAUAUUUUCAUAUUGUAGUAACUGUUCCUUGUAUUUAGACAAUGUUUUUACCUUCAUGCACUGUGACUAAUACAAUGCUGCUAUAUCACAAAGACUUUUAUUUUGUACGUCACAUUUAGCCGAUACAAAUGGGCGAAUAAGGCUAAAGGUGACUGAUAAAAAGUGGGCUUGACUUCAGAGGCCGUGCUGACAUUGUUCAAAUUCAGUCCAGGCUUUAUCGUGCUGCUGCUUCGGUGCAGUGUUUGAAUCUCAGAGCAACUGUGUGCACAAGCGUGGGAUCUGUAGCUGCUCCUGUUGGUCUUCCUCUACAAGCAUGACAGAAAAAAAAGGCAAAAUGUAGCAGAAAUAUCUGUUUAAAAGCCCAACUCAUAACUCACUGUGGUUCAGUAAAACUGUGAUGUUGCCUUUCUUUAUGAGUAGACAUUUGGCAGAAUUUACUUAAGUCAGUUGAUUUUUUUCAGACUCGGAUUCUUGACUUUAGUUAAACAUACUAUAUAACAUGUAAAUGACAAAUAUGGGGCAUUUUAAAACCAAUUUAGACUCUGUCCUCAAUAACUAAACUGUUUAAACGUUAAUCCUGUAACUAUUAGACAAGUGCAUGAGUAUACAGUGAGCUGCAGGGAAGACAUGUAGCCGAUAAAUAUCUGCUUUGAGUUUUAGUUAAUAAUUUCAGCGCUUCAAACAUUAAUUCAAUCAAUUUAAGCAGUGCUAACAACAUGGCUCUGGGAAUGACAAUGUUUGUUUGCUUCUCUACUCCUGAUUUAAACUAUUCUUAACUGCUUAACAAAUUUAAUGAAUUAAAAUAUUAUACAGUAUAGUUAUUUUCAGAAGAUCAACCCACUCAUCUUUCCCUUAUAGCACCACUGCAUUUUCAUGUGGUGAACUGUUUAUUUCUAAAUGGGAAAGAAUUGCAUAAUCAUUUGGUGUCAUUUUUAACACCAAAAAUGAUUCGUCCAAACCAUCUAAAGUUUCUUGCUGCAAAACCCUCAACAUUCUUAUGAGCCACUCUUUGUGUUUGGCAAAUUUGUGCAUGUCAGCAUGUCAGCACAAGCUGCACCUAAAACCACAUACUAGCAUACUACCAGUGACAUAACUUUACCCAUUGGACUUCAUAUACAAAUAAUUUAGAAACAACAUGCAAAUGUUCUUUGUUAAGACAGCUGCAUAGUUCUAACAACAACAAUUUUAACCACAAAUGAAACUUACUACUUACAUGUGUACACUGCUUACAGCUGGCACACGUCUAUUUCUUGCAUACACAAAAUAAAAUACCAUUAAAUAAGAACAUAAUACAUAGAGGGGAUGUUUUGAUUUGACUACUUUCCAACAUGGCUAAACAUAGUAGCGCAGAAUCACACUAUGGUUUGUGUAGUCUAGCAAACAUCAGCAUAGCUAGCACCACCAAUCCUCAGUCAUCCUUGCCUCUUCCAGUCAGGUUGGUACGCAUCAGUUCAACCAGAUAAACUGUAGUUUGGAUAGAACUUUAACUUUAUUUUCUAGAUCAAAAUUUGAGAAACCACACCACACUACAACCUUUCAUCUUUUUACAAUUUUACAAGGCUUCAGUCGCGACUGGUGGGGGGUUGCUGCGUUACACAACAAAUAGAUACAACAUAAAACUGGCAUUUUGGGCCUACAACAACAGAAUCAUUCAACAGUAGUUUUGGUCAGUAAAAGAUGAUCUAUGUCACACCAUACUUAGUCUGAAUCAUAUGAUUGUGUGCUGUGUUUUUGGCACAGCCACAGUAAACAAAGGUGCUAAUCUGGCUAAACAUCGACAUGCUAGCUUUGUGGCUUGUUGACAUGCUAACAUUGGUAUGUAGCUCAAACACUGCUGUGUCAUUCCCUAGCAUAGUUGUACAGUCUUUAGUGCGUUUCAAGUGAAUUUUAUCCUGUAAAUGAACAACAUAAAAACAAUCUGCUAAAUUUUAACAUGUUUUCAGAACCUGUAGCCUUCACGUUUCAGCUCAAAUAUUUACUUGAGUGUAGCUCAGUUGGACAAACUGCUUUUGCAGGUUGCGCAAACUCAAAUCUAUCAGACUGAAAUCUUAAGUUAAUCAGUAAAAGAUAUUCAAAUUUAAACAUCUGUCGUUGACGUUAUGAUGUGAUAUCAGGUAUUUAAAACAGAUAAACUAAUUUGAUGUUAAAAUAUAACAAUGUCACAAUAAUGUCAGUAAUAUAGAGCUUUUAUCUGGCAUCUAUUAGCUAGAGGAAGAUUAGCCCAGGCCCGUUUUUAUUUCACAUGAAUUUGCUUUUUAGCGCAAACUUAUAAAAUUAAUUUGCCUCCUUGUACAAUAAAUUAUAUUCUUAGCAUACAUGGGUUUAGACUUUGAGAAUCUAGAGUAGACCUCAGAUAUACUGUUUAAGUCUGCAUCUAUAAAUCCUCCUGUAGCACACAAUAAUAUGCAAAAAAAAUCAAGUGGAGUUAUACUAUAACACACACUUCAGAGAAUCUGUAGCCUGCAAGUUCGCCAGUCUCAAGAUUUUAUUUCAGAUGUAUUCAUCGUCAAGUUUAGAAACGAAGGGUUUAAAAAAGCUCUGACAGCAGCAACAUCCCCCCCCCCCUGUGGAGUUGCAAGGUUGAAGAUGAGGAGAUUGAUGUGAGUGGAAAUGGAUCGUUGAUUUAUACGCAACUCAACUCUGUGGGUAUGACGUCAAACUGCCCCGCAUGCAGAGGAGCUGUGAAUAGAAAGGCCCUCUUUCUGCACAGAGCGGUUUGAAAGUAAAGAUUUUUGAAGAGAAAACGCUCUCUGGACGGUGUCUGCUCUGCGUGAGUAACAAUCUCAGUUCACACAUGUUCUCUCUCUCUUCCAUUUCUAACAUGUUUGAGUAGCAGCAGCAGAUUAAACUGAUUCCUGUGUUGGCUUGAUUUCCUAUCGAGUGAUUUCUUUGCUGUCUUGUCUUUUCUUUUGUUGUUUUUAUGAAUAUGAUAAUGUUACCUUAAAAGCAUCCUAAAGUGUGCUGUUGAAACCUGAUGGCUGGAUUGUGAAGUUGUUCUCCAUGUUAAUUUCUGGUAAACACACUGGAACUGGCUCUUUUAAUAAAAAAGAAAAAAUGACAAACAAUC